UUUUGUCAUGGAACAGUCUUAGACUGAAGAAAUUUGGUUGGGUGGUGAAUAACCUUCUGUUUUCAACCUGUUCAUGAUUUUUUUAUUUCAGAAUUGUGGUUUAAUGACUACAAUUUAGUUUGAAGUUAAAUUAGUAAUUUUAUUUAAAAUUUUAUGAUGCCAGCUCCCAGUGGUGAGAAGUGUACGUCAAAUUACUGUGUGAAGGGUAGCACACAUAAAAUGUAUCCACCAGAUCAUCCCAACUUUAAACCUGGUGGUUGUUCCACCAGAGCUCCACCGCCAGGGCAAGAAUAUUACAAAUCAGUUCAGGAUGGUUCAACAAAGCGUUGGACGUAAAUUAAGUUAGAAACCUUAUUUAAAUGGCUUACUCAUUGCACAACAUAUUGGACACUGACAUAGAAUUGCUACCACAAAAGUUGCACGAAAGUUUAGAGCGAAAAGAUUUGGAAGAAAAAAAGAAAAAACAACGGCGGAAGUCAUUGAAAGAAUUGAAAUCUCCGCUUGAAGAGAUAAAACAAAACGCGGGCGCUCUGCUUAAGCCGACUUCUGAUACUGCUGCUGUAAGUAAAAUUCCUAUUGUCGCAUCUACAUCUAAUAAAAGAUUUCCACGGCCAGUAUCAACUACCUCGUCAACCGAGCAACAUGACGAAUGCGUGUUACAAAGAUUUUAAUUCGACGCAUGAACUUUUGGCGAUGUCAGAUUGGUAUAAAUACGGGGCCCUAAGACGGUGUUCACGAAUCUUGGUUGUACUACAAUUUAACGUAAAAGCUAACCGGGAUAAUAUCAGAACAUCGUUCAGUCAGAUUCCCAGAGUGCAAGACCCCUUUUCGAAAACUGUGCGCUUUCCGACAAACUAUCUAGUGAGGAUGGGCGCUGGGGAAAUGAUGAACACAGUGCUCCCCAUUCUGACGUCACUCGAUUUAGGAAAUAGAGCAGUAAAUCGUGACCACGUGACUUAUGACAGCAGCGAUGCAAAACGCUCUUACGAUGUAAAUGUGCAACGAUUGGUUGCAAUGUUGGCUAAUGUGGAGCCCGAUGAGUUGGCGUCGAUGGGUGUCUUCAAUCGCACAACUUUUGAACGAAAAUAUGACUUGAAGUGGGAAUAAAUAAUACCAC